CUGUAUUUGGGGCCCGGGCAGCGGUCAACGUUGACGUUGCACACAGCUCUGCCGAUUCACUCAGGUGCCCAUACGCCGCCAAAUAUACCCACACCUUACCUUCCUUACGCGACAACUUCCAAAAAACAAAAGCCACGCCAGCUAUCCCACCGACUGCACAGCGGCGACAUGACCACCCCUCGACAAUGGCGGCUCUCGCAAUCGAAAUCUCGGACGGCGAGAGCACUGCAUCCACAAAUAUAAACUUGAACAUGACCCAAAAGCGCAAGCCAAGCCCCGACAUCGAAGAAAAGGUUGCUUGGACAGAGGACGACGAUAGCGACGGCCAUGAUUACUACCUAAACUGCAGACCAACGAAGCGCCGUGCCACAACCAAGAAAAAGGCCCCGGCAGACAAGAGUGCCAGCCGCACCCGUGGCGCUCGUGGCGCUCGUGGUGUGCGUGGCGCCCGUGGCAGACCCAAGCCGUCGAGAAAUGCAAGUGUAAUCUUGAGUGCCUCGGCCGACGAGGUCCAAGAGUCGAGCGCCCAGGGCGACUAUGCCGAGGCACGCGUCCCCGAAUACCUCAGACGGAGGCGCCAGCGCUUCGACAAAGACCGGACCGUACUCAAGGACGCAGGCUUGAAGCUGCCUCCCGACUACAACGACAUCUACUUCUCCGACGACGAGCGCCUGUCCAGCCUCGACAAGCGCCCCAAGUUCGACGAAAUCAGCGGCAUCAAGCCCUGCCGCCCCUACAAGGACAUCGAGCUCGAGUACUCGGCCGGCAUCAUCCCAGCCCCAAUCGCCCAGUACCUCCGCGACUACCAGAUCGCCGGCGUCAAGUUCCUGCAUCAGCGCUUUGUCUACCAGAAAGGCUGCAUUCUUGGCGACGACAUGGGUUUGGGGAAGACGGUCCAGAUCGCCGCAUUCCUCGCCGCCGCCUUUGGUAAGACGGGUGACGAGCGUGACGCAAAGCGGAUGCGGAAGAUGCGCCGCGCCGGCGACCAGUGGUACCCGCGGGUCCUGAUCGUGUGCCCCGGCUCGCUGAUCCGUAACUGGAAGAACGAGCUCAACCGCUGGGGCUUCUGGCACGUCGAUCUGUAUCACGGGCCCGACAGAGAGGCCGUACUGCAAACCGCAAAGGCCGGGAGACUCGAGAUCAUGAUCACGACGUUUACCACGUACCAGAAAUCCCACGAGGCUGUUAACGGCAUCGAGUGGGACUGCGUCGUGGCCGACGAGUGCCACGCCCUCAAGGACCGCAAGUCGGGCAUCACGCAAGCCAUGGACCAGAUCAACUCGCUGUGCCGGAUAGGAUUGACCGGGACUGCCAUCCAGAACAAGUACGAGGAGCUCUGGACGCUCCUGAACUGGACCAACCCGGGCCAUUUCGGGACCCUGGCCGAGUGGAACAACACGAUAGCCAAGCCCCUGGCUGUCGGCCAGUCUCACGACGCCACUGUCAAGCAGCUCAGCCUGUCGAGGGCGACGGCAAAGAAGCUGGUCCAGAACCUGCUCCCCGAGUUCUUUCUGCGCCGCAUGAAGACGCUGAUUGCCGACCAGCUCCCCAAGAAGAGCGACAAGGUCGUAUUCUGCCCCCUGACAGACAUACAGCGAGACGCCUACGAGAACUUCCUUGCCGGGUUCAACGUGGGCUUCAUCAACUCCAUCUCGGAUCCGUGCCCGUGCCAGUCGGGCCGCAAGAAGGGCUGGUGCUGCUACAAGAACCUGCCGGACGGCAAGGGCUGGAUGUCGAUCGUGUUCCCAUGCAUAAUGGCGCUGCAGAAACUAGCGAACCACCUGACGCUGCUCAUCCCGUCCUCGUCGGACCCGCGCGACAAGCAGCAGUCGGCCCUCAGGGCGCUGCAGACUUGCGUCCCGGACGAAUGGGAAGAGCUCUACCGGAACCGGGACUCGAUGCUCAGCCUGGCCAAUCCCGAGUUUUGCGGCAAGUGGAAGAUCCUGAAGAAGCUUCUGCGGUUCUGGCACGAGACCGGCGACAAGGUGCUCGUCUUCUCGCACAGCGUGCGCCUGCUGCGCGUGCUCCAGCACCUCUUCCACAACACGAGCUACAACGUCAGCUUCCUGGACGGGUCGCUGAGCUUCGAGGAGCGGCAGCGCGUCGUCGACGACUUCAACUCGGACCCCGGCCAGUUUGUCUUUCUCAUCUCGACCAAGGCGGGCGGCAUGGGGCUCAACAUCACGUCGGCGAACAAGGUAGUCAUCUUCGACCCGCACUGGAACCCGUCGUACGACCUGCAGGCGCAGGACAGGGCGUACCGCAUCGGCCAGGUGCGCGACGUGGACGUGUUCCGGCUCGUCUCGGCGGGCACCAUCGAGGAGAUUGUCUACGCGCGGCAGAUCUACAAACAGCAGCAGGCAAACAUUGGCUACAACGCGUCCAACGAGCGGCGCUACUUCAAGGGUGUGCAGCAGGACAGCAACCGGAAGGGCGAGAUCUUUGGGCUUAACAACCUCUUCAGCUUCCGCGCCGACCAGGUGGUGCUGCGCGACAUUGUCAACAAGACCAACAUUGCCGAGGCCAAGGCCGGAGUCAACCUGACCGAGAUUGAAGCCAAGGACGAGGGCGACGACGAGCUGGGCCUCGUCAAGCAAGAGGACGACGACGACGAGGGCGGCAUGCGGCAGCUGGCCAAGAUCCUCACGGCCGAGGACCAGAAGGAGCUGGUCCGCAAGGCCAACAAGCCCAAGACGGAUGCCAUCGCCGCCAUCCUGGCCUCGGCCGGCGUCGAGUACACGCACGAGAACUCGGAGGUCAUCGGCACGAGCAAGGUCGAGGCGCAGCUCUCACGGCGCGCCGAGCUGGCCGCCGCGGGGGACGACGACUCACAAAGCCCUGGGGGGGCCGGCGACAACUACCUGAACAGCGCCCUGUUCGCUGACAGCCAGGCUAAUAGCGUGCCGGGGUACGGGGGGAUGAAGGCGCACUACAAGUUCAACCCGCCGCUCGACGUCAGGCGCCGGCAGUUCUGCUCCAUGGCGCGCGAGUUUGGCUUCGCGACGGCCAUCGACUUUGCGCUCGUCGUCGAGAGCUGGACGCAGGAGCAGCGCCGCAACUGCCUAGACACGUUCUACCGGCUGCGCGAGGCCAAGCUGGCGGCCGAGGCGGAGAGGGAUGAGAUAAAGCAAGAGGGCGGCGGCGGUGUGGAUUUCAUGGACGUGGAUGGACCUGGGAAGCGCGAGGGCGGUAGGGGUGUUGUUAGUAAGAUAGAGAAAGUGGAGGAACAGUUCGAAGGGAAGACGGAGCCGCUUGCGGCCGGUGUCAAGACUGAAGACAAGAAGACGGGGAUUUUUUUGUAUAACGAUGAUGAUGAUGACGACGACGAUGACGACGAGCUUUGACUUUUUUCCGUUUCUGGUUUUUGGGGGGGUUAUUUCUGCUUUUCUUUCCUUUUUAUACAGCUAUGCCUAUGGCGUUUUUAGAGGUCAGGAAUUGAUACCCUUGCUGCUGGUGUUG